AUGGAUUUGAAACUAUUUAUAUGUGGUUUAUUUGUGGUGAAUACUUUAAUGCUAUUUGGCACAGGUAAGUGCAUAGUUUAGCACCAUUUGUUGCAAAUUAAAUUAGCCGAAAGUCAGUGCGAUUUAAGGCGAUGCUAUGAUACACGACAUGGCAUGUCUGUUGUCGAUUCACCUAGUCGGUUCAAUAGUAAUUCAAAGUGCCGAUGACAGUUUACAAUAAUAUUAUUGAUAUUAUAUUAUGUACAAGCUUCUUGAGUGUUGUACGUAUCUGUAGUGUAGACAUGAGAUGUAUUUUAAUGUAUAUUAAAUUGCCUUGUUUAUAAUUCGAUGUUAAUGGCUGGGUCUACACAGUAUGCGAGAGACGAAUGAACCGUCUAGAUGAAAUUGAGCAAAGAUAAGAUAAGAUACUUCGCAUGAAUUUGUCUGCGUAUAUAAAAUCUGGCUACUUCAAGACUGAAACGGAACAUUGUAAUAUGAUCUAGGACUAGGGAGCUUGACAUCGCCAAAUACAACACAUUGUCUUUGCUGUGUAAACAUCAGUUUACGAAAGAAUGUAAAGACAAGUUGAAGGGGAGGGACGGUUUAUAUUUAUAAUACCCUUACGGAAAGGCUGGCAAUUUUGGCAGAGCUCUUGGAAUCCGUAUUUACAAUUGUAUUUGUUAAUAUGAGUGGAUAGCUUGGCGUAUAUAAGCCUGGUUUUCAUAUAUCGCUUUGACUAGCUCCAAUGCCAAUGGUAAUUGAUGUAGAAAAUUAUUUGUAUAUCGCUAAUAGGAUUUUCUUCUUGAUUGAUCAUCGACAAUGGACCAUGCAUGAGGUCCAUGAAAACAUCGUUGAUGAAUUGCGAUAUGUUAAAAACCGGCCAGGCUUUCAAAUUCAAUUUCAAAUUCAACUGGUAGUAUCAAUCAAAGUCCUCUACAUAUCGCAUAGGCGAGCUCGAUGUUUCUUUUCCUCAGACACAGAGAGGCAGAUCACAGAAGUGCUAAAGUUUCGCUUGUUCCCAGUUUGCUACAAUAUUGCUCGCCAUGCAGUUAGAGCGCGUUUCUCUCAUGAAUUGGCUUAUGCUAUAGGCUAUGAUGUCACCUGCCAACAAGGCAGACACUCGUAUGGUAUAGCAGACGUCUAUCAUCAUCUCUAUUUAAAGCACGAUUAUUUAAUUUACAUGGCGUACUUUCAAACAAUUGAUAUUGCUGGUGGUAAUGACCCAUGAAAAUCUCACACAGUUGACAUACACGAUCUACCAAAGCCAAUUUCUCAGUAUUGUUUAUAAAAUCUGUUUUCCGGUCGCGAUGCUAGACAUAGCAAAAUGGACAAUGCCACGCAAAUGUUUAACGUUUUCGAGAGAAUUCAUUUUGUAUGUUACAUAACACGCGCUCUAUAAAUAGAUAUAGAUAGAUAGAGACUUUAUUCCACGAGGAUAUAUAUAUAUAUAUAUUAUAUAUAUAUAUAUAUAUAUAUAUAUAUAUAUAUAUAUAUAUAUAUAUAUAUAUAUAUAUAUAUAUAUAUAUAUAUAUAUAUAUAAAAAUAGUCGAUGAGUUGACGUAAGGUAGAAGAGCGCUCAAUCCCAUAAUAAGUAGAGCGGAAUUAAUUCAGUCAAGGUUUGAAUGUUUGCGUCGCUACUCUGAGUUUCACGCUUCACGCGAUCAUCAGGCAACUGACAGAUAUUAUUCAAUAUUCAUAAUAAAUAUAGGUUAUCAUUUUACGACUUGAUUAAGCAGGUAUCUGGUUACAUGUCUACAUUUGGAAAACGAGUCAGAGCGUUUGUUCAGGCAUUCAGUUUUCUUCGCUUUCAUAAUAAGUAGUUCAGUUCUCCUCGAGGCAUAAAUUACACCGUUUAGAUCCUGGUUAGUAUGCUUUGACUUUCUUCAUAAUGGACCACUUUAUUGUAUACUGAAUUAUAUUAAUAUUAAUUAUAUAUAUAUAUAUAUAUAUAUAUAUAUAUAUAUAUAUAUAUAUAUAUAUAUAUAUAUAUAUAUAUAUAUAUAUAUAUAUAUAUAUAUACCGGGUGGCGCAAAAAAAAGUACAACUGUUUGAUUACUUGUAACUCAGAAACAAUAAGCAGUAGAACCAUAAAUCGAGUUUAAUUGCAUCCAGCGAUAUCUAACUUAAAUUUUGGUAUAUUUGACAGGCAUAUUCGUCCAAGAUUAACUGAGAUAUAAGAGUUUAAACUUUUGUUAACAAUUUUGAAACGGUCACAAAUUAGCUAAAAAUCAGUUUAAUAGGCCGUUUUUAGCUAAUUUGUGACUGUUUCAAAUUUGCUAACAAAAGUUUAAACACUCAUAUCUCAGUCAAUCUUGGACGAAAAUGCCUGUCGAAUAUACCAAAAUUUAAGUUAGACAUCGCUGGAUGCAAUGAAACUCGAUUUUGGGUUCUACUGCUUAUGGUCUUUGAGCUAUAUGUAAUCAAACAGUUAUACUUUUUUUUGCGCCACCCGGUAUAUAUAUAUAGCUUAAGAUUUUGGUUUACGAAACACAGAAAUAAAAUGAAUAACGUAGACAAGAGUGCACAACCGAUUACCGGGUGCAUAUUCACCACCUGAUGAUUCCUAUAUACGGAUGAAACAGACUGUUGUGGUUUUUUGAGGUAAAGCAAAAAACUAUAUAUAUAUAUAUAUAUAUAUAUAUAUAUAUAUAUAUAUAUAUAUAUAUAUAUAUAUAUAUAUAUAUAUAUAUAUAUAUAUAUAAACGGGUUGUUUUUCGUUGAAAGACUAAAAAGAGUGCUCAAUACUAUAAACAGUACAGUAGAGCUAUGUAAUUAGCGUUACAAAUAUCUUAAAAUAACAAUGUUUUUUCGCUACUCUGAGUUUCACAAUCUUGUCUGAUCGAUCUUCAGGCGAUUUAUGACCAGUCAAAACCUUUUUACGAAGAAGCCUUGAAGCAAAGCAACUUUAAGGAAACCUUACACUAUAACCCCCCAGAUCUAAACGCAUCUGCAACACCGAAACGAAAGAGACAUAGAAACGUUAUAUGGUUCAAUCCUCCAUACAAUAAAUCAGUUAAGACAAACGUUGGAGGAAGAUUUCUGCAACUUAUUGACAAACAUUUUCCUCCCACAAAUCCACUUCACAAAAUAUUCAACAGAAACACGAUCAAAGUUAGUUACAGUUGCAUGCCAAAUGUUAAGAAUGUUAUUUCACGGCACAAUCGGAAAAUCUUAGGAAGAAGCGAAGCUACAAAUCCUGAAACACCAUGUAAGUGUAUAAAUCAGGAUGAAUGUCCCCUGGAUAACAAAUGCCUGCAAGCUGAGAGUAUCGUAUACAAAGCAGUUGUAACAUCCCUGGAUGACGGUUUGAAGAAGGAAUAUAUAUAGGCAUGACAGCAAAUUCAUUUAAAGAAAGAUACCGCAACCAUAAGAAAUCUUUUAAUCUUAUUCGGUAUGAGAAAGAAACUGAACUGUCGAAGUAUAUAUGGGAACUUAAAUUUAAAGGGAAGGCUUUUGCCAUCAAUUGGUCUAUUCUGAAACAUUCAACACCCUACGCGUCCGGUAGCACGCGAUGUAAUUUGUGUAACGAGGAGAAACUAUCCAUUAUGAAAGCAGACCAGAAAACGUUACUUAAUAAACGAUCAGAAAUAAACUCAGAAAUCUUCGGAAAAUGUCUCCACAAAGAUCGGUUCCGAGCUGGAAGUUUUCAUCGCAAGCGCGUGCGUCAACGAAAAUCACGAAAUCAAACAAACUAAUUAAACGGACAUAAAUCGUCUGAAGAUCGAUCAGACAAGAUCGUGAAACUCAGAGUAGCGAAAAAACAUUGUUAUUUUAAUUGUUAUAUAUAUAUAUAUAUAUAUAAUCCACAUAUAAAAGAUAUAUAAAAUCCACUAUAGGCAUCUUUAUAUAUAGUGGAUGUUGUUGAUUGUUGUACCUUAAUUUAAGUAUGCUCUGGUUUUCCAUUGACCACUUUACCAAAAGUUUUUAUAACCAACGAAACCAAAUCUAUAUAUAUAUAUAUAUAUUUUUUAUAUAUAUAUAUAUAUCUUUUAUAUAUAUAUAUAUAUAUAUAUAUAUAUAUAUAUAUAUAUAUAGCAUUGAAUCUCUGAUUAUUUACAAUAUAUGAUAAAAGUUAAAAUAGAAAAACUAAUAUGUGUACUCCAAAUUAUGAACUAACUAUAGCUACAAUGAAAUGCUGCAAAGAUUUCUGUUCCUUGAAAAUCGUACUGACUCCACAUAUUUAGAUUUCUGUUCCUUGAAAAUUGUACUGACUCCACAUAUUUUAAUUGGCUAAAAAUAGUCAACAUAUAUAGUCUUAAAAAUAGUCUUGUACAAGUCACUGAAAAAGUGCGUCCACCCUCUGUUUCCUUCUUGUACGUUGGACAAAUUACAUUUGCACUAAACUUGAGAUAACUCAAAACUAUAUAGAUAACCAACGGAUAAUCCAUCGUAGAGUGGCAUGGUUGUUUCUCACGUGUUUUUUUACUAGAAUGCUCAGCUGUAUUAUUGCUAAACUCGUGGAGUUAUUUCGGAGUUCAUGUGCAUGAUGUCAGAAUUUUCAACAAGGUUGAGACUCCAUCAUCACGCUGGAAAUAUCAUGCGUGAUCACGAGUUUCAUAUCCAGUGUUUUUAUGAUACAUGCUUAUAUAUAUGACUGACUAGAUUAGAGGAUCCUGAGGAGUAAAAUGGAAACUGCAUGAGAUUUGCCUAGUUUUGGAAUGGAAGAAUGGGAUUUGGAUUACUGAGAAUGAAAGACACAAAAAUAGGAAUGGGAAAACCAUGCAUGUACCAUUUUAAAGACAGUUUAGUAGCGAACAUUUUAGAGUUUAAAUAACUUCUACGAAAGCUACCAAACAACUUUUGAUUGUCUAAAAAUGUCUUGGAAGACUGCUUUAAUCCUGCCCUUUCCGUCUCGAGGUCCAAUUGUUCUACUAUUACACGCGAGUUUUUUUUUUACCAAAUCUCAGUCUUAUGAUCAAGUGUAAAUUUAAAAGAAUAACCCAGAGCAUGUGUUUCACCUACGUGUUGACUUUCAAAACACAAUAUUCUGUCUUUAGAAAUAUCUUCACGAAGUAGCUACGACGUUUAAAGUCUAUAUGAAAUAUCUGUCAUUUUCUGUUAUACGCCUUCUGUUACAUACUAGACCGGCCGAUACUUAUAAGUAAAUCACUAGCUGGGAAUUGGUUCUUUUUUUGCGGGUUUUUAUCAUAGAUAUCUUAUAUACACUAGAUAGUGCAUCUAAUUAUUCUGCAAUUCAAAAAUUGAAGCCGUGAUUGCAGUCUCAGGUCGUUCCCAUGAAAUGAGAAGAUUCGUAUAUUUCCUAUUUCUUAAACAGGUGACUUAAAUAUUAAGUUAACCCUAUUCCGAAUACAUUUUUAAAGUAUUAAAAUGAUGAAAGUUAUUGUUGUUUUUAAGUGUUUAUUAGCGAGUGGGAACGACCAACAUGGCCGUCAUCUAUUCAAAAGGAGGUAACCGCUGGAAUAUUCUUGGCUUCAGUUUUACUAAAAGAGAUGCGCUAUCUAGUGUAUAUAAGAUAUCUAUGGUUUUUAUUGUAUCUUUUGUUUGGCUGUAUUCAUGUGUAUGUUCAUUUGCAUAUAGCAUGACCAGUUGCCAUGGCCAGCUUCGCCAAUGCAUUGUUUUUUUCUUUCAGCAAUCAGUUCCAACACGACCGGAAGUUACAAAUGUAAAAACCAGCGAAAGUUUAAGGCAGCGCCACUCGUUGUAAAAGGAUCUUAUAAACGUCUAGAAAGAUUGUCAAUCCUAUGCACCGCACCCGCUAUAAUUAUCGAGGUCCGUUAUUCGAACGAGUCGUUAUGUGCUUGCGACCAAGUGAAGGAAGCAAAUAUGCGGUACAUAUUUCAGUGCCAAGAGGAACUUUCGUCAUUGGAUAUUAUCGUCUAUGCGUCAACCAAUAACUUUAGCAGUGGAUAUAAAAAAAUCUGCGAUGUUGAUCUGCGCUUUUUUCCAGUUACUGACGAUAACUUUCAGCAGAGACGGCAAAUUUCCAUUAUACGACCUGAGCCAAACGACCCGACUGUCAACGUGCCAUCAACAUCAUAUAUAACACCGAGCAAGUCCAUAAUUCGUCGCAAAUCACAGACGAAUUCUACUAUAAAAUUACCUCCAGUACCAAGGUCAGUAUAUGUAUUGAUAUUUUUCAUCAGAGGCUAAUUUCUUGGGAAAGCGACGUGUACAUGCAUGUUAUCCUUGCAAAUUACUAACGAUAGCUCCAUGGGUACCUUUCCAAUCCUAGCCUCUUCACACAAAAUGCAAUCAUUUAUUCAAAAAAGUUUCGUCCAUAUUUAAUAUUCAUGCUCAUUAGUAGUUUCCUACCCCUUCUUUUGGUUAGCGUCUCUGAUCAGACAAGCAGCUUGGUUUCCGCCAAAACAGCGAUUAAAGGCCUAUAUCAUCUACUUUGGCAUAUAUCAUUUAACAAUAGUGGCGGUCCAGUAACGGAAUUUUCCAUUGUCAUUGUUUAGAAAAACCCAGUAUUUCCCAUUCCAUUCGGUCACUCAUUGUUUUUACUUAUUUUUGCUUGUUUUCUUUCUCAAAGUUGCUUGAAUUCAAGUAUUUUCUUCCGUUUAAAGUUCAACGGUUUAUGUACUUUCUCUGAUUCUAGUUCAAACGUGUUCCCAUUCAACGCAACGGUUCCAAUUAUUCAAGCCCUAACAAGUACUCCAGUGAUUCAGACCAAUAAUCCAGUUCCUACUCCAGUCAUUCGAACAUCACUUUAUUCCAUUCCUAACACUCUGAUUCCCCGGACAUCAGUCCAAGAGACAACUCAACUCGUUCAUCACACUCCAGUUCUUGCUACUAGCAGCCUGCAAUUCACGUUUAUGACCUCGUCAAAUGAAGAUGAAAUAUCAAAGAUUACCAAGGUAGUGAUCCAGGCUUCAACAACGACGCCUAAUAUUUCACCAACAAGCACAUUGUCACCUAUGGAAGAAAUGCUAAAGAAAUUAGAGGAAGGUAAGAAUUGAAGUUUAUGUUGUCCAACAGCUCCUGCAAAAAUCUCAUUUUUUUAGCUUUUCACUGAGACCAAUAUUUUAAGUUAAAACCUUGCUCUUCUCCCGAGUGUAGGAUAGUUUAGGUUUCCUCCUCCAAUACCUUUUGUUAGACAUGAAUAACACUCGAUCAAUAAGAGAUGAUCCUUACUGGACCUCUAGGAAGAACAGUUUAGAACUGAUAGAGCUAUCUAGUAUUAAUAAAGUUGGUACAUUGGUUCAACGAGAGAUGAUUCUUAUCUGGACUUAUAGAGCUAUCCUAUGAUAAAUAGUUAUAAAAAUCACUCCGGUAGGAAAUAUUUUUGUAAUAAAAUGUUUUUGUAUUUUUGGCAGAUGUUCAGUUUAUCAGCAAUUUUAAUAGUUCAGAUGUUGAUAUCAACGACAAAGAAACUAUUGAGGUAAGUGACAUUCAUAGUUUGUAAAGAAAUUGCACCGUUCAUGCUAGAAAUAAUUGCUAAUCAACUAAUUUCUGCUUUUUCUUCAUUCAGCGAGUGUUAGAUGCGGCCACAAAUUUGAUUACGACCAAUCAGACUCUUGGCGACCAAAAACAAGUAAGUUUAUUGAUGAUCUUGAAAAGUAAAAGUUUUCGCGAAUCGUUUGCAGUGUAGAUUUACACCAAAAUACUGACAAGCAAAAUGUCGACGUUUCAACCGAAGGCUGUUCGUCUGGAAGUUGGUAAAGAUUUUACCAUGUAUUUUUCUGGUAGUUGAAUCCUUCCGUCGAACGGUUUGUGUUUACAGGCAAUGACUACAACAACUGGUGAACGCUUUCAUAGUUCAUCAGUACAUAUGCCGUAUGUAAAGAAGUGUACAUCUCAAACUCGUUAAUACUAAUUCAUGAGCAAAUUAGUCAACCAUAUUGCUUUAUUUUGCUCACAUGAUAAUACUGAAUACCUGGUGAAGCAUAUUGAUCCAGUCCUACUGGAUCGAAAUUAAUUAAGUCCUUGGACUGGAUCAAAAUUAAUUCACCUCACUUUGAGUAGUGAUUUAUUCGCACGAGAUGUCAUUUCAAAUCCUCCAAUUUGGACUGGACUAGAUUUCAAGUCCUCGCAUUUUGAUCCAGUCCUCGACUUUGCCUCGGACUUGAUCAAAUUGCACAGACUUGAAAUCUAGUCCAGUCCUCAUACUCGGAUUUGAAAUAUUACAUAAAGUAUACAUUUACGUAUUUGCGAAGGAAAUAUACUAAAAUCAGUUUCCGCAACUCUUAGGAUCCAGGUAUGCAAGCAGUUGAAGUGUUACAAGAUCUUGGAAAUUCCAUAUCUCAACAACUGGAUCUUGGAAAUGAGAGCUCUGUCACUUUCCAGGAAGUCAAUAAAGACCUAGGUAGGUUAUGAAAUGAACUGCAGACGAUAAUCGAUUGUUGUCUUAAAUCGACAAUGAAAUUAAAUCCUAUUUUGAAAUUUAAUUUUAGUUUUUGGAGUGGCAGUUAUCAAUACCACAUCCUCUCAGAAAUUUUCGUUUCCUUCAAAAGAAGAGAAAAUAACUGGCGAUGAAAAAAUUGUCAUCCCAAGUUCAGUUUUUAAAGCAAAUAAUUCAGGUAGGUAUUGUUUACCUCCAAGAUACAAAAUGAAACCGAAUAUUGUUAAUAUCCCAAAAGAGUAAAAUGUUUUCAAACUUUAGUGUUUUAGAAGGUUGUACGUGAGGAUUCUUGAAUCAUAAAAGAGUGAGGUUAUAUAACUGAUUCUCCAUAGAAUUAGGUUAUUAUCAGGCACCAUAUAAUUGAUAAACACGGUUUCACAGGACUAUAGACACCUCCUAAGAAUUUAAACAAGGACGAAGCAGAGCCCCCUAAAACAGUGAAACAUUUUAACAAAGGGGGAUAAACCCUUUGAAUUCCGAUCCCGUCCAAGACACCUCUGUAGUUAUCCAAUGUUAUUUAUGGGUAUUUCUUAUUUCUUAUCCCCAGACAAAGCAUAUUUUGUUGGUAUAAUCUUCAAAGCGUAUCGUGAAAUGAGGAACAAUACUGGAGACUUAAAGAUGGGAACAAAAGUUAUAAAUGCCAUUGUGUCACCAUCACCAAGCGAUGAUUUGGACGAACCUGUCGAAAUGACUUUUGAGAAAAAUGUUGUAAGUUUAUAUUAUCAUUUCUGUUGUUUUUACACGGUCGACGCAAAAUUACAGCGAGUAUCUUACGAGUAACUGAAGGAAUCUGUCUUUCAGUCGAUGACAGCCUUUGCUCCUGACUUUGUUGUAUUUGGUAUCAUACGCCUCGGGAGAGUUGCAACUGUCGUCCAUCCUCGUCAAAUUGCAUCCUUGUUUAACAUUGGGAUUUAAGACUAACUGAGUGAACCUUUAAUCAUUUUAGGGUGGAAAAGGAUUUGGCAGUGAAUGUUCAUUUUGGAUAGAAAAUAGCGCGUAAGUGUGGAUAAAUAUUUUUAUAGUGCAAGUCAUAUCACUACAAGGAAUAAGGCCGAAUAAUCUUUGGUGUUCAAUGGAUUUUUUAGCGAAUUUCUUAUAUAUUCAUGCUAAAUCAUCCAAUGCCCAAAUGCUUCACAAGACCAAGGUUGCUUUACAACAUUGUGAUUCAAAAAAUACAAUAGAGAGAAAAAAUAUUUUCUGACAUAAAUGUUUUUGCUUUUUCCAGGCGUUCUGGUGAACAUGGUAGAUGGUCGACGAGACAAUGUUUUAGAACAUUUGAAAAUCAAAGUCACAUCAAAUGUGCAUGCUACCAUUUCACGAACUUUGCUGUUUUGUUUAAAAUCACCGAUGACCAGGUUUGAAACUUUGUUUCUUCUGUCAUACUGGUGACACAGUGGUUCUUUUUUAGCUUCUUCCAUAUCGGCACAGAAUAAAGACACACAGAAGGUUAACUCAGUCAAGGAAGCGCAACCGCUGCCACGCCAUGAUUCGUCAUCAAAUGCUGACGCCAUGGUCCUGGCCAGUGCGCUUGUGAGACUCUGGACGUCCGCCAUUUUGGUUAUUAUCAGGGAGUGAAUGCCUCCCAUAAGCGCACUGGCUAAGACCAUCGCGUCAGCAUUUUGAUGACGAAUUACGGUUAAUGCGCCAAAAUCAGAAGAAAAACCCUGGAAAAUUAAGAAGUCGCGGGCUUCUGAAAAGUCUCUAUUCUGUGACAUCAGUUUGAAAUCGGGCCUUUAUUGCUGCAAUAUCGGUAGUUGUUGGAUUAUAAUUUAGUCUCGUGUGAGAAGAAUGCACGUUUCCAGUUUGAUUGUACCAAACACCAUCGCUCGGUGGCAUUCGAGUUUCUUCCUACAGCGGAAGAAUCAGAUAUGAUCGUAACUGGACCUCUAUAUUCAGAACUGUUUCGAAACUGAUCAUUAUAAGCUAUCCAGUAUAAAUUGAAUUCGUUUAGUUAAGGUUUCUUCCUCUAAUAAAACGGGAACGAUAUGACCGUUACCCCCUAAGGAGAAGAACCAAUAGAGCUAUCCAGUAUAAAUAGAGUUAGUUUAGUUUAGGUUUCCUCCUGUAGUAACACUGGAUCAAUAAGAGAAUUGGGGAAGUAACUCUUAUUGGACCUCUGGGAAGAAUAGUUUAGAAUUGAUAAUGCCAGAACAGUUUAACUAGUUUAGAACUGAUAGAGCUACUAUAAACAAUGCUGAAACGUUUGUAGAUUUUCAGGGAAUGUAAUUUAUUUAUUUCCAGCAUCUUUCAGAAGAAGAUACAUAUCGUCUGGUUAUCAUUACUUACAUUGGUUUAAGCUUGUCUAUUUUGGGAUGUCUUCUCACUUUCAUAAUUUAUCUCACUUUACAGUAAGUAUACGACUAAUUUUGACUAGUUGUACUACUAGUUACGUACUGUUUUGCUUAAUAUAUACAGUAUAUAGUUUCUUAUUGAUUUGUAUUUCUUUUAUUGAUUAUUUGCAGAAAUAUCAAAUCUGAACGAGCAAGUAUUCACAUGAACCUAGUUCUAGCACUUGGUGGUGCUGAUUUAAUUUUCUUAGCAACAAUUACUUUUGAACCUGUUAAGGUAACGUUUGUACUGCGAUUUCUAUCUAUCAUAGCUUGUAAUCAAUCUUUUAGGGAGUAUUUCAAGGGAUGUAUACUUCUGUCCUGAAAUGGAUUUAGUUUAAAGUCUUUAAAUUGAGCAAGCUUCUUUGUUUGUUUGUUUGAAAACGUACGAAGAUUAUUAGUGAAGAAAUUGAAAUGAUAAUUUGUUACGCAGGAAAAUAUCCUAUUUUCCCUCCACCGGAUCGUUACAUUUGAGGAAGAAUUUGCUGUAGGAUUGUUUAUGUUUGACGGGAACUUUUAAUUAUUUUCAAUUAGGACUCAUGUCUAGUGGUGGCGAUGCUGGCAUUUUAUUUGUACCUUUGUGUGUUUUUCUGGAUGUUGGUAGAAGGGGUUUAUAUUUACUUGAUGGUCAUCAAAGUCUUUCGUGGUAAUGUUGCUAGGAGACGACGCUUGGCCUACCUUGUAGGGUGGGGUAAGUAAACCUAGUUAGUUCUGAGUGUUAUUUGAAUUGUAGCCUGCUUCACAAAUGUACGUUGUCAGGUGUUUAUGGUCGACCAAUUUAAGACGAGAGUGCUUGAGCUGGCAGAAGUUGAGUGCACGAGAGUUAGCUGUUCUUAAUGCUUGAAUCAACACUAUCAUGUAAUCCAUGUAUUCUAUUUAAGUUAAAAGUUAGUCGAAACGCUCAUCAAACCUUUAUUUUGUUAAUUUAGCUAGAGCUUGAAAUGUCCCUCCUAAUAAUGCGUGACUGGCUAUACUCUCAUCAACUCUCACCCUCGUUUGAUCUAACUUUCUUCAGUUUAUUUAUUUUUUAACUGUUAUGCAUAAAUUCCUAGUCUUAAGCAACUGUCCUUUUUAGGUUGUCCUCUGCUAAUCGCUAUCAUAACUUGGGCUCUCCUAAGAGACGACGUUAUCUCAAAAUAUCAGUAAGUAGAGAUUGUCUUUUAUUUUUAUUUCAUUGCGCGAAUCAACAGGGAAAAUUAAUUCUAUUUUCGUUUGUAGUUGUUGGCUAUCAGUAGAGACCGGAGCCAUUUGGGCGUUUGUUGGCCCAGGACUGAUUAUCAUUUUGGUAAGUUAUUAUUAUUAUUAUUAUUAUUAUUAUUAUUAUUAUUAUUACUCAAAUUUAUAUUGCGCAUGGUUCCAUAGAAAGAUGCUCACCAGCAUAUCACACGAUAAAUGUAAUAUGCAUGGUCUUUAUACACCCUUCGGGAAAGAUGCAAAUUUUGAAACCUUUUGAAAUCCAUCGUAUUUCUUCUUCAAUUCAAUAUUAUUACUUCUGUUAUUAGAUCAACUGUAUAAUUCUUUUGGCUGUCAUUAAAACAACCUGGUCAACAUUUUCAGAUAAAACAGAGUACGGUGGCUUGAAGUAAGUAACGAUUUGUUUCAUUCUUCAGUUUUACCUUGUCACUUGAACUUUUGUAUUGCAUUACAGUAGAGGUGCUGCAUGAUAUAUUGAUCGUACAGUGGUAAUAUUCAUCGUCAUGUGCGUUCCAACUCUGAGCGUCUAUAGGGUGCACUCUAAAUGGUCGAAUUAACCAGGAAUUCCUAGUUAAUAAUCCACCUAGCAUAAUCUGCUUAAUUCAACCAUAUAGCCUCAAAAAUCAUUCAUUUAAAAUUCUUCCCAAAUUAAAAUUUACAGUUGAAUAUAAAAUAAUUAUGUAUAUUUACAUGAAAAAAAUUGGGAACUGGUUUCACGGAAUCAUUAUAACAAAUUAAUAGAGCAGGAAGCCAGGGGCUGGUUAAAUUAGGAGCCUGGUUAAAUCAGUCAGAACUAUGAUGAGAUCACGUUAACCAGGUUUGUGGUUAAAUUAACCAGGAAGUUACGACGUUAAGUUACUCCUGAUUAAUUUUAGAUUCACCAGAUUUUUAACCAGAGUGUUUUUAGAGUGGAUAAUUGCAGUAUUUGUUCAAAAUUUCUUGAAGAAAAUGCCAAUUAAAAAUAAUGAGGAUUUAUUAUAUUCCAGAUCCGCUUCAAAGACGUUUGGUGCCGUCAUUCCAAUCUUGGGAAUAACCUGGGUGUUUGGUGUUAUGGCGUUUAACGAAUCAUCAGUUGUGUUUCAGUAUAUAUUUGCCAUUACCAACUCCAUACAGGUAAAUUGAUGAAUUUGUGGAAAUAUGUCAAUAUGGUUUACUGUUUCUUUUUUAAAUGGUUAUUCUUCUAAUAUUUAGGGUGCUUUAAUAUUUGUCCUGUACUGCUUGGUAAAUAAUGAGGUAAGUUAUUUGAUUCUCGAAUCCAAUUGACACUUGCUUCUAUAUCGCCGAAAGUCUUUUCCUUGUACACACGUAAAAACGCACAAGUUGCAACAAACCUGCAGCAGACUUGUAGCAAUGCUGUUCCAACAACAACAUGUCAACAGGAUGUGUUCGCACUGCUUGCUCCGAGCUUGUUAACGAGUUGUCAACGGCUUGUUGACAACUUGGUACAAGGUUUUUGAGGUCAACAGACUUGUUUUAAGUUGUUUCAACAACUUGUUAUCCUCCUGCAACUCAACAAUUUCUCAACAAGUUGGAGUGUCAACCAUGCUGUCGCAUACUGAUAUUAAGAUUUAAAAAAAGCCAUUUUGGUUCCAGGUUCGAAACGAGUUACGUCGUCGUAUCUUGAUUUGGAAAAUUCGUCGUGACGUGACGUCAUCCUCGACCAUUCGUCGGCACAUCUUGGUUUCCACGCAAUCGGCAAAGGAAGCUCAUCUGGAUGUGUCGCAAGAUCCGCCACAGGAAUUGAAGAAGAAAGAACAAGCAGAACGAAGUUCCUUGCUUGAUGAGAUCGUCCCUACGGAAACAACAAAAGGAUCAGGGACAACUAACAACACUGGUACUAAAGCAGGGAGGGAUGGGGCUAAUAGUCUGGUGAAGAAUGACACUAUAGUUGAUAAUUCAUGGGACAGUAUUGGGUAUGUGUAA